UAAUAUAUUUUCAAUAAAAGUUGAACUAUAACUGAUUUUUACAAUUAUUUCAAGAGCUCUUCAUACCAUAUUGUGAUUUCCUGAUUAUUUUUGUCGGAUUGUAUUACAAUCAAGCAUCAGUAAUUAGCAAGUGCUUCCUUGUUUUACUAUAAACGAUAAAAGGUUUCGUAUUUAAUGACCGAGAACUUUAUAUCACUAAAACAUAACCGCCAAAUGUAGGCGUGUUAAUUUGUUAAGAGGAAAAAAAUGAAUUUACAGUGUUCAUCAACAUAUUUGAAAAAAAUGAAACCGACGUCGUUUUUUAUAUUUCUAUUACUUGUUCUACUAGAAAGAUCAAAAGGACAAUCAUUUGAGAUAAAAUCCCAUUUUAUGAAUGGAGAUAUGAUGUUCACAUGGUCACAUGAAUCCAAAUACCAUGACGUAAGCGUGACGUGUGACGGACGUCACUUGGGAUUCACGAGAGUUUAUGAUAAUAAAUUCGUCGUUAAGGAUGUCCUUAACUACAAUAUUGUCAAGGUUCUUGUUCGUGCCACGAUUCACUAUACAUACGUCGAAAGUAGGAUGACUUUUCAUAAAUCAGUGUUAGAAGUGACAGAAGGAAGCAACGUGACGCUGUACAUACCAAUUCCAACCAAAGCUAAAACGUUGUUUCAGCUGACAGAUUCUGGUGCUAGCAUGCCUCGUUACGCUGUGUCUGCAGAAGAGUUAGCAGCCUCAGCCGGGUUGUUUACAUUUGUUUUAUCAAAUGUUUCAGCGACUGAUGCAGGCUACUACGCAUUAGGAUACGAUGUUCAGUCUUGUAGAACAAACCACGGAGUCGUGCUUGUAGUCAAUGCUUUGCCAGACAAUCCAAAAAUCACAGGAAUACGAAAUGUACCUAUUGGUCAAUCAACAAUACUCAAAUGUCAUAGCAUAUCGCGGUCGAGGCCACUUUACUUUAAAACAUUUCCCGCCAUCGUUUAUACGUGGAUGGUGAACAAUACAGUCGUCCAGUCUGAUAGCCAGACACUGACCAUGAACGUAACUUCCUAUACGUAUGUCCAAUGCCAGGCUAGAGAGCAGUUGACAUCAAUAAGUGACAUUGCUUACAUUCAACCUCUGUAUGGUCCGGAAGCUGUGACGAUGACUCCCGAUUUCAACACAAGUGUAAAGUUGCAUAAUGGUGCAAGCUUUGGACCUGUAUCCUGCAUGGCAGACUGCAAUCCGCCUUGUACAUUCCAAUGGAGAAAAGUGAAUUUGGACGGGACAAUCGAUGAAGUUAUAUCAACAGCAAAUUUACCACGACAGACUGUUAAUAGCACGGAACCUCUGAAAUACCAGUGUGUGACAAUUAGUGAUUACAAAAACAGUCGUGGUUUAAAUACAGUCUCAACGGAAAUUAACAUAGAUGUACAGUAUCUUGCUAAACCGACCAUUCUCGGAAUCAUAAACGGGAACAUAAUCACAGAAAAUAUCAUCCAAGCCAAGGAGGGAGCGUCUGCUGUAAUUCAAUGUUCGUGUGCAGGCAAUCCAAAGCCCAAGGUUUAUAUCACCAGUAAUGAUGAGAAAGGAGACAUUUCAUGGUUACCAAGGAAAAAAGCUGAAUCUGUGUAUAGUUAUCAUAAACUGAAGUGUGAACACACGCAAGAGUAUACUUGUGAUGCUUAUAAUGACCAACUCAAUCAUACCGCAAGUUCAAUUCAUCUGUUCGUAGAAUGCUCUCCAAGGUUAGACGUUAAUAAAUCGUUUCCUCUGCAUUAUCAAGAAAACAUCGACGGGUAUGUUGUUUUAAAAGCUCCGCUGAUCUCGUACCCAAAGCCAAAAGACGCCACUUGGUUUGGACCCAGGGGGGAACAAUUUAAACUUGACACUGCCUCAACUAUUAGCCAAGGGGAUAAACCAUACCAGUUUUGGAUUCACACUGAGAUUCAUAUCAUUAAUGAAUUCUCUUUUGGAUAUUAUAAACUCUUUGUCGAAGGGGAAGAAAUUCAAACUAUUAUAAUAGAAAACAAAGAGUCUACAAGUUCCGGUUUAAUGGCUUACUUAUCGACUUUGCCGUUGUUGACACUUGUUACCUUUGCUCUUGGAGGAACCAUAUUAUUGUUCUGCUUCAUAUCCACUCUCUGCUACAUCGGAAGGAAAUACAAAAGGAGACAAGGACAUCACAAUCGGAAGACGUCUGUUAUUUCAUCGGAACUGGAGACAGGACCAAUGCAAAACGGGACACAAUCCUUUCAGAGAUAUUCACCGAUCCCCGGUCGUGGAGUUAUUGAGGGCGACUACGAACCCAUUGACACUCUUGACGAUAGAUCAUAUCUUUCCGUGUUUCAUAAAGGAGAUGAAAUAAAGCACUCGCAAGACGAAUCCUCUUUUAGUGAGAAUACAUCAGAAGCAGAGACAUGCACAUACGAGCUUGAGGGUCGUAUCUAUUACUGCGUUACAGAGACAUCCAACAGUUGUAAAGAAAAAGGUGAAUAUGAAAAACUUCCAACCACCUAGACGAACAUUAAAUGAAUUUUCUAUGUACGAUUUUCGAUUAAAAUAAAAGAUGGAAGUAUGGAGGUACUUUGUGCGAAAACAAAAGAAGAACACGAAUUUUUGUUUGUUUUUUGUUUUUUUGGUUUGUUUUGUUUCUGUUUUUUUUUUUUUUUGUUUACCUCUAUGCCAUACAAUUGUGAAAUGUAUUCGCCGAGUUUUUAUUACAUACAAAAAACGGUGUUUUGUUUGGACGGUGUGCAUUUAACGUCCCACAUUUUAGCCAUUGAAAGAUAAUAAAAAUGUUCACACAUUUUUCUAUUGAAUGUUAAUUUGUACUUAUACAUAUUGUUUGUCCUAUAUCCGUUCAUGCAAAUGUUUUUAAUACCGCACGUUAAUGCAAUGGGAUGUGUGUUUUUUUCACAACCAGAUAUGUUAUCGGACCGAUGGCAUACAGAAAUUAAUAUUCAGUGUGUAUAUAUAUUCUCGUCGAAAUAUUAAUGUUUAGAAAUAUAUGUGAGACAUCGUUUAACAGUCACACUGUACGGUUUUAGACAGGUAUAUCAAUAAUGACUCUAACAGUCAUAAGGUACAAUUAAGUGGACCUUUGUAAAUAAAAACGUAACGCAACAAAUAUUGAGGGGUAUUUUUCCCCAGUCAUGUUUAAAGACAUCUGAGUUGGCUAACUGGCACAGGCAGAUUCAUUUUAUGCAUUGUAAGAUUUGGCUCAUAUUUCAACUUGUAUUUUAUAUACCUGCUACUUGCGCUUUAGAUUUGAAUGCUUAUUUACAAUGAAUGCCAAAAAAUAAAAUUUUAUAAGUGCUUCAGGUUUUUGCUGCAUUAAAUGUAUGUAUGUAGACUUGCACAACUUUUUU